ACAAAAAAGUUUCGAGGGACGAAACACUAAGGACAUAUUUUCCCAUAGACCGUCGUCUCCUCCCGAUCUGCUUCGUUUAGGGUUACGCCUUUGCGCUUCUUCAAUCGGUCUAUCGAUCUCGCUCCCAUGGCGUUGGAGUGGGUGGUGCUGGGCUAUGCGGCUGGCGCAGAGGCGAUCAUGCUUCUCUUCCUCACGCUCCCGUUCCUUGACAGCAUCCGCCGAGGGCUCAUCGCUGUCGUCCACAGCGCCCUGAAGCCGCUCCUGUCGGUAGUUCCCUUCUGUCUAUUCCUUCUUGCCGACAUCUAUUGGAAGUACGAGACGCGACCGACCUGCGAGCAGGAGAACUCGUGCACCCUUACCGAGCACAUCCGCCACCAAAAAUCUAUGAUCAAGAGCCAACGCAACGCUCUUCUCAUCGCAUCGGCGAUGCUUCUCUACUGGUUGCUUUUCUCCGUCACCGGUCUUUUAGUGCGCAUCAACCAGCUGAACCAGCGCCUCGAAAAGCUCAAGCGCUCUGAUUGAGCCUGGGAUCUUACAAAUCCAACAUGAUUGCUUUCGUCCCUUCUUCAGACUUGGCCUUUUUUUUGCAAUUUAUUUUUGCUCGAUCGUUUUGAUCUUUUUAUUUGAAAGAUUUAGUUCUUGUUUGCAUCUCUGUUAUGGAAUACUGAUCUAUGCUUCUUUUGGUAUAUCAGAUAGCAUGCUGUAAGAUCCGCCUAGAUAAUCCAAUGUGGUUUUUCACUGCAAAUUUGAUAUACUUAAAUCUUCUACUUGGAAUAAUUUUCAUCCGGCUGAACAAUAUUAUUUAUUCUUCCUGUUAUUCUUGAUGAAUCAAACUUUAGUUUUGGGUUUAUUUUAUUUCUUCAAGUUAUUCUUGCCUCACUUUGGGUUGUGUUACUAUCUUAUAUGCCGCUCAUGACUGACAUCUGCUCACUGUUUCCUGAAUAAUUUUGUAAAGUUCAGUGCUUUCAUGUAGUUGGUUCCGUGAGCUGAACUUCAUGCUUUGUAUGUUCAAUGAUGUGCAUAGGUUUCCUCUUUACUAGUGUUCAUAUUAAUUUAUGGAUGAGUAAAUUUAUGAAGCUCUUACAUUGCUAAGCAAUCCUUUUUUAGGAUUACAUCUUAUAAUUGUGUUCUUGUAGCCACAAUACCAUCACAGAAUGAGAUGUUUUUUUGCAGUUCCUCUCUUCUACUCGCAGCAAGAUUAUGAUAGCUGCAAAACCACGUGGUUCAGCAUAAGCUAUGCUGAGGAUUGACACUGUGUUUUGCUGUAUAUCUCUGUGUUAUAAUUCUAUUCUUGGUUAAACUGAUACUCAUUAGCAAUAAUCUUAAAUUUCUGUGACUACUAAA